CGGCGGUGUGUGGCCGUGGCCGGCGGCGCGGCUGACUGUUCGUCGGAGGGAAAGCUCAACCUUGGGCUCAGUGCUCACGCGGACGCGUCCCGAGCUGCGCCUGGGCCAUGUAGCAGCCGCCGCCUCUGGAUUCGCUGGCUCUCCGACGGCGGUGCUCUGCCUUGCGUUCAAGUCUACUCUAGUCUGAAGCUGAUUCUAGUCUGAUAAAGGUGCCAUUUAAGAUGACGGACGAAGGAAGCACGAGAUUGCAAUUCAUCGCUGCCUUCUCAGCGACCAUCGCGUACCUGAUCGGCGGCACCUUCCUGGGCUGGCCGUCACCUUCCAUCCCGAAGCUGCUGGCCGCGGACUCCCACAUCGCGCUGACCGCAGACGAGGGCUCGUGGGUGGCCGCGCUCGCCUCCUUCGGCAUGCUGUUCGCGCCGCUGCCCACGGGCUACCUCGUCGACGUGCUGGGCCGCAAGCCUACCCUCGCCUUCACCGCGCUGCCCUUCCUCGCGUCGUGGCUCAUGGUGACGUUUGCGCGGUCGGCGGCCGAGCUGUACGCGUCGCGCGUUCUGGCGGGCCUUGCGCUCGGGAUGGCCUUCACCGUCGGCCCCGUUUACAUGGGGGAGAUCGCCGAAGACCGCGUGCGAGGCGCCGUGGGCACCGUGUUCCAAGUCAUGAUCAACCUCGGCACGCUGUUUGAGUACAGCGUGGGGCCGUACGUGUCGUAUGCCCACCUCGGGAUGGCGUCCAUGGUGUUCCCGGUGCUGUUCCUGCUCAGCUUCGUCUGGAUGCCGGAGACGCCUUAUUUCCUGCUGACGAAGAAUCGACGCGAGGCUGCGGAGAAGUCCUUGAUGAGACUUCGCGGGAAGAAGACGCCGGAGAGUGUCAAAGAAGAACUCGAUCUGAUGCAGAUGGCCGUAGAGAUGCAAGCUAAAGAGAAAGGAUCUUUCAGGGAUCUGAUUGGCUCUUGGGGCAACAUGAAGGCUUUGAUGAUCGUUUUGGGUCUCAUGGUUACGCAACACUUCAGCGGAAUCAUCCCAAUGCUUUCAUUCGUCACGAUCAUCUUUCUGAAGAGUGGCAGUUCCAUCGAUGCAAACAUAUCGGCAAUUAUAUUCGGAGUGGUGCAGCUGGUGAUUAGUAUUGUGUCCUCUGGGCUGGUUGACAAAGCCGGACGCAGACCUCUACUGUUGGUGUCGGCAGUUGGAUGCGCUAUAUCCCUUACUGUUGAAGGACUCUAUUUUUAUCUGGCGCAACAUUAUACCGAAUACACUGCGUCCAUUGACUGGUUACCAAUAACCUGCCUUCUCGUCUACAUCAUUACGUACACUUUAGGAUUGGGCCCACUGCCGUGGGCAAUUGCUGGUGAAGUAUUUCCAAAUAAUGUCAAAGGCGUGGCGGUGGCGGUAGUGUCCAUGGUCAACGCUAUUUGUGGAUUUGUUGCCACGAAACUUUUUCAAGUUAUUGGUGACCGCAAAGGUUCCUUUUUGGCAUUCUGGAUUUUUGCUGGCUGUUCCGUGGUGGGAACUGUAUUCAUCGCACUUUUUCUUCCCGAGACGAAGGGGAAAUCUCUGCUGCAAAUCACGGAAGAAAUGAAUGCAAGAGCACCCGUUCACUUAAAUAAAAAUAAGGCCGAUGAAAAUUCAAACGAAAAACAGGUCACUCGUUUUUAAACUAUUAUAAAUGUAUUCAUCUGUGAUUAUCAUUGUCUUCUGAGAUAGACACCUUUUCAAGUCACUGCUUCUGCAAUGUUUCAUGCAAAGCCUGUUAUGAUUUUAGAAGAUCAACUACAUUUUAAGACGAUAAACCUACCGAUAAUACUCACUUCGAAUGUAUGUGAUGCAUGCAUGGAUAUUUAAAGUUGAACGUGAAUGAGUUUUAUUGUAAAAUACAACUUUAUAUAUUUUUAAGAAAUAAAAAAAAUGUUCUCAUUUUCAAAUACAUAACGUUUCAUCUUACUGAGGCUCCUUUUGUUUUUUCAUUCGCUAUAUGGUAAGUCAUAAACAGUUGAUGAAGUUUUUCCAAACAACGUCAAAGAUGUGACAGUGGCGCACAGUGGUUCAUUUCCUGAAUCUAGUGGUAUUUAAAUAAAAACUCAAUAGUCUCGAAACAAAUGAAACUGUUUGUGGACGGGUUCCUAACAGUCUAGCCAGGACUGU